GCUAAGACCUGCAAAAUGCCAUCAUGCGCAUUCUGACAUGGAACGUAAACGGGAUACAAAAUCCGUUCAAUUACGGUCAAUGGAGGUCAAAAAAGUCUUACAAAGAAGUAUUCGAGACGUUAGAUGCUGACAUUAUUUGUGUUCAAGAAUUGAAGGCACAGAAACAAGGAUUUCCUGAACAAUUUGCCUUGAUAGAAGGUUACGACGCGUAUUUUACUUUUCCUCUUGAGAAAAAGGGCUAUAGUGGAGUUGGAGUGUAUGUGAAGAAAAGUUUGACUGUUCCAUGUAAAGCAGAAGAAGGAAUUACGGGAAUUCUCCCCGUUCCCGACAGACAUUACUGCUACAAAGAUGCACCAGAGGACGAACAAAUCGGCUAUUACCCUGUGAAUUUAGACAAGGCUACGGAAAGACUCAUUGAUUCUGAGGGUCGGUGCAUACUACUUGAUUUUCAAUUGUUUGUCUUGAUUGGCGUGUAUUGCCCUGUAAAUUCUGGCGAGAAACGUCUAAAAUUUCGUCGCCUUUUUUACAAUGCCCUUCGGGACAGAAUUAUCCGACUUACUCAAGAAGCAAAACGCAAUGUGAUACUUCUUGGUGAUAUUAACAUCUUGCGCGAUGAGCUCGAUACCGCCGACAAUAAGGACAUUCAAAAAGAACAAUUUGAUGAGAGUAUUCGAGAGUCUCGUGAAUGGGUUCGUGGAAUGUUGCAGCCACAUCCGGAAGGUUUAUUAAUCGAUACAACUCGCCAUCGACAUCCUGUAAGGCGGGGCAUGUUUACCUGCUGGAAUACAAGACUUAAUACUCGACCAACAAACUUUGGAACACGCAUCGAUUACAUUUGCAUAUCACCUGCUUUGCUACCGUGGAUGCAAGAUGCAAACAUUAUGCCCGAAAUUAUGGGCUCCGACCAUUGCCCUGUUUUUCUUGAUUUUAAGGAGACAGUUGAUGGAUGUACAUUAUACGACAGACUUUCGCAUUCCGAAACGUUUCCAUUGCUCUCUGUUCUUAGAGGUGAACGGUACAGACGUUCUAAGAACAUUCACGAUAUGUUUAAACGAGUUUCCACGAACAACUCGGCUACCAAAAAAAGUAGCCCAAAAACUGAAGAUUCACCUUCUGAAUCCGAACAACACGAGUCUAAUAAGCGCACACGAAGUUCAGACACACCACAAACAACUGAAAAGGUCACAAAGAAAAGCAAAAACCAAACGCUCUUAAGCAUGUUUUUAAAGACUCCAAAAGAAGCAUCAGCACGGAAAGAUUCGUCGGAUAAAAAUGCACUUCUUAGGACCUCAUCAGAACAUACCCAAGAAGAAGUCAGUACAGAGAAUUUUCAAGAUGAGGAAGAAAGUUAUGCCGUAAGUCAAAGCACGUUUUCAAGCUCCACAUAUACUGAAAAUGAACAAGUAAAAUGUAGCACAUUAAGCAGCAAUGUGGAUAACGAAUCACUUCGGUUAUUUCGUAAAGCAUUCUCAAAGCCACGAGUGCCCUUGUGCACUGGACACAUGGAGCCAUGCAAAAAACUUGAUGUUAAGAAACCCGGCGUUAAUUAUGGCCGCAAAUUCUGGUGCUGCUCUCGUCCGGUUGGCGAAGUCGUCGAGAAUUCAAGUGCUACGAAUGAAAAGAAUCCUUAUCAGUGUAGGUUUUUCCUUUGGGACUCAGAUUUACACAAGCAUCCGUUUUCAAAAUAAACCUCUAUUGAAGAUUGUCAUGAAAGUCUAUUGCAUAAUACCACACAUCAAAGUUGCUUCUUCUCAGGCUCGACAGAAGCACCGUUAUCCGUCUUUGUUUUAGGUUUUCCUAGCAUCAUUUCUAGACAUAUGAUGGAUUUGGGAAGCACUUUUCUACGACACACAGGACAUUUUUGCGUAGCUGGUGUUUUUCCAAGAGCACUACGAAUACAAAAAUCGCAAAAAAUGUGACCACACGGUGUCGCCGCCAGAUUUUCUGGGCUGUCUAAGCAAAUAGCACAUGUAUAGUCAGCGAGUUUUCGAGAUUCCUGAGGCGGCUUUGAUGACGCGUCGCCGCCAACAUUAGUCGUUUCUUUCUUUUUAUUUGUUGUCUUUGCUCUUUUUCGUUUUGGUUUACCGGAUUUUUCGGUCUUCGUUAAAUCAAUGCAAUUAUUCGAUGAAUUCGCACCAAAAUCCUCAAUGAUGAGUGAGUCAUCUGGUUCUUCUAUAACUUCCCAUGGCCGGGUAUUUGAGUGUGAUCGAGCUCUCAUUUCGGCGGCUGCCAAUAUCUGACUGGAAUAAUCAUCAGUAUUAAUCGGUUCGUUUUCGUUACUAUCACCGUUGGCGGUAUUGUUUUGAGAAGGCACAUCUACAAUUGUUUGAAUUUCGUCGGCGGGCUGAUUAGCAAGUCUAGCAAGCCUCCGAUUUUCCCUUUCGGCGAUGCUUCGAAGACUAGCUGGCGAUUCUCUCCUUCCAGAGGAAGAAGAGGGAGUUUCAUGUGAAGAUUGAGAACCCGCAUUAGAAGUAGUGGUUUGUGGCAUUUUUACACAUUCUUGUUAAAAAUGAAUGUAUUCAAAGAAUGUGCCUCUUGGACUGACAGGUUGUUGUAGAAAUUAUAUUGCACUUUAGCCGGAACGACAAUUCUAAUUGCUGAUCAUUUAAUGAGCUUUCCUGGUAGUUCAUUUGUUU